AAAAUAUAAAAGCAAACGAGUAUGUGAUCUUUCGAAGACACAAGAUAUUCAACACCAAGGAAUGGCCAUUGAAAAUAUCUCCGUUAUCGUGGCAAUAUUUACAACUCUAUUACUCAACACUUGCGAAGCUAUGAAGGAAAAUUCAUUUAAAAACACCAUCAAACAGGGAGGUGAUCUGGUCAAUGUAACUAUCUUCAACUUCACUGAUCCUAACACCGAUGCAUUUGAAAAUUGGAUUGAGGUAUCUGAUGGAGGGAGAUCUAAGGCUACACUAGUAAAACUUAAAGGACAGAAUUAUCAAUCAGGGAUAUUGUUCUAUCUCCUCACUCCACAAAAGAAUGGACCAAGCUUUGCUGGAGUUCACAGGAUAGUGCAGAUUGAUGUUUUGCCAGCAUAUGACGGUGUCAUCAUUGACCUACAUAGACAGGGUCCACAUUCUCAUUUCAAAUUGUUCUACGGCGAAUGUUCGGACACAAGCAAUUGUGCAUCAAACGAAUCAGUCUUCGAGACGUCUGGAGAACGAGAACAAGUGAAAAUAUCAUUCCGUAAUUCUUCAGCAUAUCUUCAUGGAACACCACUAUCUAAUUCAAAGUUCUCAGGAUUAACUCAGAAGUCACAUAUCGGUAUCAAAGUAUAUGGAGGAAGCAAUGCUCAGAGAAACCAAUGUGGUCCAGGUUCCAUUGAAAUAUUCACUAUUUCAGCAUAUAAGGAAGGGUCGAAUGCCAGCUUAAAGAGAUCAAGUUUAUGGGGAUUCAAGACUACGUGAUAUGUGGUACUUAUUGCUACUAUGAUUGUGUUUUGUUUGUAUUAAGUAGCUUUACCAAUAAAUGUCACACAUCUA